AUGGAUGCCCAGUUCCUCAUCCAAGCAACCUUCGGCCCAACACGCGCUUCCCUGGCAGAGAUCGGUGGUAUGGACUACGAUGCGUGGUUCGAGGCGCAGCUGGCUCUGGCGCCCACACUUCUGCGUAGCCACUACCGCACUCGCGCGAAUCCUCAGGUCUCAGAGGACAAGCCAGCCGGAGUGCCCCGCACGGCUUGUGAGCCCGGAUCCCGCUGGAUGCAGGUUACCUUUAUGUCUACUGACGUGGGCUCACGGGUUGUUGCCAACGGCGCGCAAAUCUUCGUUGCUGGGGCCCUGCGGACGUCGCUGGAUGCAAGUUACACGAAGAAUGCACUCCCGCCCCCGAUGAACUGCUCUUCUAUCGGCCGGGACUGGUGGCAGUGGCAUCCCCAUCGCACGUGCGCCAACCAAAUUCGCGCCUGGACCUGCAGCGGAGCCGAGGACUGGACGAAGGACAAGACCUGCCAGCAGGAAUGCUUUGAUGGCGGAUACCGGUACGGAUCCGAUGACUGUUCGCCGGGCUGGCCCAACUUCAACUUCGCUGGCUAUCUCUGCUCUGUGGUGCCUGCCGCAGCCGUCGGGAGCCAAAUCGAGCUCUCUGUAGAUGCAGCAUGCGAGGACAAGAUCGUGAUGUUGAAUCCCGGCUUGUAUGUCCCCGGCCUCGCAGACGUAGAGGGUGGCUUUCAGAGCGUGCGCCCGUCGGUUAUCGUGCUCCAGCAGCCGCCAUCGACUUGCGACCUUCAGGAGUUCAUCCAAGUUGACGGGCAGACCUUCCAACACGAACCCCGUCUCAAGCUGCUGGAUGUGACCACCCCAGCAGCGGUUUGUGUGGCCGUGCCUAAGACGCCACUGAAUGUGGAGGCCUGUGAGGUGCAGGCCGGACGAGUUUGCAAUUUGGCUCGGGGAACUGACUCAGCUUUGAUCUUGAACAGCUCAACUUUGCAGCUGAUUUCAGAGCAUGCGAACCGUCAUGUCUUCACAGUAUCUGGGCUUAGCACUUCCCUCAGCCCUUGUGGGACAUUGGCCCGCUGGAAGCUCUUGGACUGCUCGACGGAGAGCUGCUCCGCCUCAACUUUAGAAGCAAGUGACCUGUCACUGAUUCGGACGGCUCUCUCCACCCAGGUGGGCAGCCUCCGAGAUGUCUAUGUCAACUGCGCGUCGGUUUCUGCAGGUGCGGUGGUUGAGGUCGGGAGCGACACCUUCCUGCACGUUCACAUCCAUGAGGGUAACGUCUACGACUUCACAGAGUGGGUCUCGUCGCAUCCAGGUGCUCCACCUGACAUGCUGCGCGCUAUGCGGGUUCCAAAGAACGGGGCACUCUUGUUGGAUGCUCGUUGUAACCGGUACCGGACUUAG